UUGCUUUUGCUUUUCUUUUUUUCCCAUAGAUUUUUUUUCAGCAUGAAGUAUCAGUUUCUUCAUGGCUAUGCAAACAGACGAGUUGAUGAACUACUUCUACUACUUAAUACCAAGGUGGUCACUUACUAGAGGUUUGUGUAACAUUUCCAAUACUAGCAUUUUUAUGUGGUCUAGUGUUGCAAAUGAGUGUUGGAUUUCAAAAAAUAAAUACAUUAUACUUUAUAUUUGUAAUUUUCUAGAACAUAAAGUUGUUGUGUACAUUUAUUUCAGUAUCUGUACAAAUAAGGAGAUAGUGUACCACAGGUAUCUGGAAGGUCUUCAUGGUGCUCAGAGGAUUUCUGAUUCCAAAACACAGGAUACUGCAGAAUCUGCAUUACGUACGAAGAACAAAGGCCUUCAAAAUAAAUUUGUUUACAAAUCAGGUGGCCAUUGCACAGUGCCUUCAGAAGCAGAUAAAGCAAAAUGUUAUGCUGUGGAUUUAAUUAGCAUGAAAUGUGAAUGCGCCGUUUCUGAAAGGGGUAAUUUGUGCAAGCAUAUUGAGUUUGCAAAAAUGAUGUGCAAAGAACAGGGGAUUGAUAUUGAUGGAAUUCGAAAAGAAUUAGCCAGUUCACUAACUGAACAGCAUUGCUAUGAGUGGGAUGGAAAACAUUUAAUUGUACAUUGUGCUGGUAGUUUUGGAGUAGUACAUGUGCAAAACCAACAGUGUACCUGUCUUGCCAAUAGUCUUGGAGAAAUAUGUGUCUGUCUAAGACUUUCUGAGAUAAUUGGUACACAGAACCCUAACCAAGAGGUAACGGACUGCUUUGUGAAUACCACAGCAAAUUGUCAAUCACACAAUAAACAGUUGUGUGUAAAGAAGAUGAUUUCAGACUUAAAGGAGUGGUGUGACAGCAGUGAUUAUAAGGAAUCUCCAGAGUUGAAUGCUGUAGUAAAACGUGCACACCAACUAGCAUUUGGACAGUAUAGCAUGGCCAGCAAUAAAAUAAAAAUUAUAAGGCUGCAUGCUUACAGAAAAUGCAUUGAAAGAGCAAGAAGCCAUGCUAUAGACAUGCAUUCAUAUCAGCUCAAAGAACCCCUUAAUCGAGCUUUAUAUACCCAUAGACUUGAUUCCAAAUUCAAAGUCUGUUCCUUUAGAAAAAGAAUAAUUGGUAGCAGAGCAAAGAAUCAGAUACUAAAAUCGAGCUGAACGUGUGCUGUUAUGAGCUCACGCCUUUAUUUUUGAAUUACAGAAUGCACACAAAACUGGACAAAGUAUAGAGGUUAAUUACAACUGUUAAGGACCUCAAAGGUCUCUUCAAGUAAGAGUGAAAUAGCUAUUUAUAUGUAUAGUGGCAGCAUGUUAUCAAAAAUAAAAUAUGUGUUGCAUAGUUCUAAUUGCUGAUGAUUGUAUUCUGGCCAAGUUGGUCGAUAUUUGAUAUGGUAUGUCUCCCUUUUCUCUCUUAAUCAGAUUACUUAAAUAACACUUAAAUGUGCAUUAUUGUAACACUUUGUAAAGAAGUUGUAAAAUAUGAUUUGUAGUAAAUAGAAAGUGCAAUCUUUAAGUAGCGAGUAGUGUAAAAGCAAAUUGUUAACAUAAAAAUCUAAGCCUGAACUGAAUUUCUUUCAAAGGGGGAACAUGUCAGGGGGUCAUUAGAGCUGAGAAGUGGGGAGGAGGGUUCUUCUGUACAGCACUUUUUUCCACAAUUGGGUCCAGUACUUUGUAUUGCUCUGUAUCAGUCUGUUGAAGCAUGUAUGUGCAGUUUUACAUUUUAAUACUGCUAAUAUUUAAAUCAUAAACAAAUAAA